AUGUUGAGUUGUCAAGAAGCCGGACCUGCCAACGGACGACCGCCUUCUCCCUCUUGCAUGGCUCCGACAAAUGUAGACAAACAAACGGGCGAACGGUUGACGCCGGCCUCCAAUUUUAUUGCCCUAUGCAGACUGGAUCAAUUGUUUGAUCACAUUUACCACCUGCCUCACUUCCUGGACAAUCAUCUCAACGGGCUCUCGUCCCAUCCCUCAUUCUACAGAACUUGGGCCUCCUCCCCAGGCAAUCAGGAAACCCUCAAUGCACGCUGCAAUUCUUGGACUGCUUCAGACAUCGCCAUUGUUGCUCUCACCUUACUUGGACUGGACCAACCAACCAAUUGCCCCCCCCUCCUAUUUUCUUUCAUGGCUCAACAGGACAGAGCGCCGGGAUCUGGACGAUGGUCCCUGUUCCUUUCCCAUCUCUAUGAGACUCUCUUUGACCAAUCAAUGACAAAUGAUCGUCCUGGUGGUUUCUACAUCUCCCUACGGGCACCCUCGCCUUUCAAGCAGUUUGAUCGCCCCCCAGGGCCGCCAGUUGGCAACAAAGACGCAGCCAGACAGGUUCAACUGCACUGGCUGACCCCACCCUCUGACCGCUUGAAGCAAAAAAAUGACCUCAACGACACCCUACAGGCCCUGGGACGCCCCCCUGCAACUUGA